AUGGCUGUGACACACCCCUCCGCUACCCUAGUGGUGGCGAUCAUUGUACUCCUGGCUUGCACGGUAACCCCGGCAGCAGCGAGCUACAUGACGGUGUGGCAGGGGCCAGGUUGUAACAACCAUGCUGAGAGGUAUAGCGUUUGCGGCUGCUCCACCAUUAAUCUUCGCGGCGGCUACGAGUUCGUCUACCAGGGGCAGACGGCUGCCGUCUACAACCAGCGAGGCUGCGUCGGGGUCGCCAGCUUUCGAUUCAGAGGAAGCGCCCGUGGCUGCACUCCAUUCGGCUGGCAGAGCAUCUUUAUUCAGUGCUAA